AUUUCAGGUAUUACGCUUGAGCCUCAACUCACUCAGUGGUUUUAUUCCUGUCAAUAUCCAAUUGUCUCAACCUUUGGGGUCUCGAUUUUGGUUACAAUCAGUUAAUUGGUAAAAUUCCUAUAGAGUUUGGCUCCUUCCCAAAACUCGAAAGACUUGUUCUUGAAUUUAAUACUCUAGUCGGAGAGAUCCCUGACUCAUUGGGGAACCUUUCUUCUCUUGAAAUGCUUGCGUUCUAUCAGAAUAAGUUGUCGGGUAACAUCCCAAAUUCCCUUGGUCAGUUGACAAAAUUAACAUUUUUUGUAUUAGGCUCAAAUAAUUUAUCUGGUAUCAUCCCUCCCUCCAUUUAUAAUCUCUCCAGUAUAGUUACUUUCGACGUACAACAAAAUCAAAUUCGAGGGUCUAUUCCAUUAGACUUGCCCAAAAAAUUUCCAAAUCUUGAAGGCUUUUUGAUUUCUUGGAAUCAUUUUACCGGAUCCAUUCCUGUGUCAAUAUCCAACUUGACAAAUUUAGUGAACUUUGAAGUUCAAGAUAACAAACUCACCGGAAAAGUACCAAAUUUACAGAAGCUUCUUAACCUUGAAACCUUCAACAUUUACAACAAUCAACUCGGAACUGGUACAGAUGGUGACUUGAGUUUUGUCUCAGACUUGACCAAUGCCACAGAGUUAAAGUGGUUGAUUGUAUACUUCAACAAUUUUGGAGGGACGUUGCCCACAUCCAUAUCCAAUCUCUCAACCAAGCUUGAAAUCCUUGGGGUUCAAGGAAACAAACUAUACGGGAACAUCCCAGCUGGGAUGGGCAAUCUAAUCAACUUGCAAUUAUUAAGUUUUGGGAAAAACAACUUCUCAGGUAACAUCCCUUCUGACAUUGGAAAGCUUACAAGACUUAACCAAUUGGAUUUUGAAUCCAACAGGUUAUCAGGGAGCGUUCCAACCUCUCUACAAAAUUUAACAAUGUUAAGCUUGCUUGAACUGCAAGGAAAUCAUCUUCAAGGCAAUAUACCUUUAAUCUUCGGGCAAUUCAACAGUAUAUUGCAUCUGGAUCUUUCUCAAAAUAACUUCAACGGCACAAUACCUCAAGAAGUUAUAGGCCUCAGCUCCUUAUCAAUUACUUUGAACUUGUCUGGAAACCAGAAACAGGUUCUCUUCCAAUGGAGAUCGGAAAGUUGAGCAAUUUAGGCAAAUUAGACUUUUCCAAUAACAUGUUAUCAGGUGAACUUCCUGGUAGUAUUGGUUCUUGUGUGAAGUUAGAAGUCCUACACUUGCAAGGUAACUUAUUCAAUGGGUCGAUUCCUUCUUCAAUGGUUUCAUUGAAAGGGAUUCAAGAUUUGGACCUUUCUCGUAACAAUUUGUCAGGUGAAAUUCCAAAGUUUUUAGAGGGAUUUGCCUUGAAUAAUUUCAACCUAUCUUUCAAUGAGUUUUGGGGAGCAGUACCCAUUGAAGGUGCUUUUAAGAAUGUGAGUUCGACUUCAUUUGCUGGAAACGCCAGGCUAUGUGGUGGUAUUUCUAUUCUCCAACUUCCCAAGUGCAACUCCAAAGUGUCCAGGAAUGGCAGAUUGUCCACUAGCUUGAUAUUAAUAAUCUCUUUAGUAUCUGGGUUUGCAUUUCUUGGAAUAGUGAUUGUGAUUUCUUUUUUAUUCGUUCGUUCAUCAAGAAAGAAACACAAAGGAACCGCACCAAGCACUUUGGGAAACUCUUUUUUGCAAGUGUCCUAUGGUACUCUGCUCAAAGCUACUGAUGGAUUCUCUCCAACAAAUUUGAUUGGCGUGGGUGGUUUUGGAUCUGUGUACAAAGGACUUCUAGACGAUUAUGAAGCUCAGCCUGUUGCUGUCAAGGUGUUUAACAUGUUACGCGGAGGAGCCUCUAAGAGUUUCAUAGCUGAGUGUGAAGCAAUGAGAAAUAUCCGGCACCGAAAUCUCGUCAAGGUUAUAACUGCAUGUUCAAGUGUUGAUUUUCAUGGUAAUGAUUUCAAGGCUUUGGUGUAUGAGUUCAUGGACGACGGGAGCUUAGAGGAGUGGUUGCACCCAACUACCGGGACACCCAAGAAUUUGAGUUUUCUUCAAAGGCUCGAAAUCGCCAUUGAUGUUGCCUGUGCAUUAGAUUAUCUUCAUAAUCACUGUGAGACACCAGUUGUUCAUUGUGAUCUCAAGCCCAGCAAUGUACUUUUGGGGAAAGAAUUGACUGCACAUGUUUCUGACUUCGGACUCGUAAGAUUUCUCUCAAACCCAUCCAGUAAUUUUCCGGAGAAUCAAACAAGUUCCGUUGGAAUAAGAGGAUCUGUUGGUUAUGCUGCUCCAAAGUAUGGUAUGGGAAGUGAGGUUGCAACAAAAGGGGACAUCUACAGCUUUGGCAUUCUUUUGUUAGAGAUGUUCACGGCGAAGAGACCCACUGACAAUAUGUUUAGCGCUAAUUUCAACCUGCAUAAUUUUGUCAAGGUGGCUUUUGUUUGCACUCAAAAUAUACCCAUUUUUACUUAUUUGGGCAAUUUGGGUAAAAUAUGGCAUUUUGAGGAUUAAUAUGCAAGAAAUCUAACUUGGAAAGAUAUUUAGAUGCAAGUAG